UUUACUUCCCCCGGAUUUCUCUAUCCCGCACUACAUAUCACGCGCAGCUUCUGCCAGGUUUUUUUAUUCUUUUUGCAUCUCUCUUCUUGGCAAGCAGAUAAAAGAAGUAUGAAUCCCGAAUACGACUACCUUUUCAAACUACUCCUCAUUGGUGAUUCCGGCGUUGGCAAAUCGUGUCUUUUGCUUCGUUUUGCCGACGAUACGUAUACCGAAUCAUAUAUUUCUACUAUCGGCGUGGAUUUCAAAAUCCGAACCAUCGAACUCGAAGGCAAGACAGUCAAGUUGCAGAUAUGGGAUACUGCAGGCCAGGAACGUUUCCGUACCAUCACAUCAUCGUACUAUAGAGGCGCACACGGCAUCAUUGUUGUAUACGACGUAACGGAUCAAGAUACCUUCAACAAUGUCAGGCAGUGGUUGCAAGAAAUCGACAGAUACGCAGCAGAAGGUGUCAACAAGCUUCUUGUCGGCAACAAGAGUGACAUGACGGACAAGAAGGUCGUGGAAACCGAGCAGGCAAAGGAAAUGGCCGAAUCGUUGAACAUACCCUUCUUAGAGACCUCGGCCAAGAACUCUGACAAUGUCGAACAGGCUUUCUUGACAAUGGCUAAACAAAUCAAGGACAGAAUGGGUACCACCAUGCAGCAACAGCAACCAAAGUCAACUGUCAAGGUCGGCCAGGGCGCAUCUGUACAGCCCAAGCAGUCUGGUGGAUGCUGCUAAAUGGACGAAUUCAAUUUCUAUACUCUGUUUCUCUCUUGACUUGCCAUCCUCAAGGUUCCUACCAUCACCCCCUCUUCCCAUCACAUUCCCCUGCGACUGCCACCCUUCCUCAAUCCUUCCCUCUUACACAACUUUUCUAAUAAACAAUCUCAGCGUUUUGACCGGUUAUA